AUGUCUGGCACCGUCACCGUCACCGACUCCUACGUUCUGGGUCCCGAGGGCAUUCCGUUCUUCACCAAAGAGUGGACCACGGCGGACCCCAAGGCGUAUGUUGUUUUCGUCCACGGUUUCGCCGAGCACAUCCAGCGCUACGACGACUACUUCCGUCGCCUCGCUGCCCACGACAUCCACAUCCUCGCCUUCGACCAGCGCGGUGCCGGCCGCACGUCGCAGGCGCCUCUCAGCGCUAAGUCCCCCGAGGUCGCGGCCUGGAAGAAGGAGGGCAAGACUGUCCAUGUUCAGAAGGCCCAGAAGGGUGUCCGCAGCGGCGGUUGGCUCAAGGCUCUCCCCGACAUCGAGUUCUUCGUCAAGCGCGAGAGCGAGAGGGCCCAGGGCAAGCCCCUCUUCCUCUACGGUCAUAGCAUGCUUCUUUCGGGCGUCAUCAUCAGUGGACCGUACAUCCGCUCGACGACCCCCCAGAGCGCGAUCCAGAUCAAGGCUGGAACUCUGGCCGCCAACCUUGGCCUCGGGAACUUCUGCAUCGCUGCUCCUCUCGACGUCAAGGAGCUCACGCACAACGAGGAUGUUCAGAAGAAGACCAAGGACGACCCGUGGUGCGAGCCGAGCGGCUCGCUCCGUACCCUGGCCGACAUGCUGAGCUACGGUGCUGUCCUCGACUCGAAGAAGGCUCGGGACGCUUGGCCGAAGGACCUUCCUCUCCUUCUCUACCACGGCGAAGAGGACAAGAUUUGCUGCCCCAAGGCGUCUGGCGAGUACUUCGAGGGCUGUGCCGCCAACGACAAGACGCACAAGCUUCUUCCCGGCCUCUACCACGAGCCCCAGAACGAAGUUGAGCCUGCGCCCCAGGAGCUCGCCGACUUCGUCGGUGACUGGAUCCUUCAGCGCACCAACCGUGCCACUCAGGCGAAGCUUUGA